UAGCUUAUUAGGUUAGGAGACGAAUGUUGCCAAUUAUAAAUAGACGUAUUCUCCACAUCGUGAGUAAUAACGGCGCGAUCUCUUUUCGCUCGAGACUGGUCAUUGAUUAUAUUUUCACCGCUAUUUCGGUGUUUUCUGUUACGUACGAGUGAGAAAGAGAGUGUUUAUUAGGCAACCAUCGUUGGUCGGACGCACAAUGGAGGACUAUGUCUCUGUGGACAGUGACGAUGACUAUGAUUACCUCUAUUACGAUGACGGUACUGAAGAUGGCGGCGAUUCUGACAGACUUGAAUUUGCUGAAACAAAGGCCGACGCUGACUCUCAGUCAGUCAACGUCAAGGUAAUCACAAGAGAGUCACUCUUGGCUGCUCAGAGGGAGGAUUUGCGAAAGGUGAUGGAUGUACUUUCAUUGAAAGAGCACCACGCACGAUCUUUACUCAUUCAUUAUCGUUGGGAUGUGAACCAGUUGCUCAGUGGUCUUGUAGAGAAAGGGAAAGAUAAAUUAUAUGCUGAAGUAGGUGUGACCAUAUUGGAGCAUCGAGAUCUUGUCUCAUCCAACUUUUCAUCCUCCAAAGCAAAAAAAUCCACGGUACUAUGCGAGAUUUGCUUCGAAAAAGUUCCCACCAAUGUUGCGACAACUAUGGACUGUGGUCAUGUUUUCUGUAACACUUGUUGGACAAAGCACUUCAUAGUAAAGAUAAAAGGAGGCCAAAGCAGGCGCAUUAGAUGUAUGGCACACAAAUGCAACAGUAUUUGUGAUGAAGAAAAAAUCAGAAUGCUAGUCAGUACUAGAGAUCCUAUUCUAGCAGAGAAAUUUGAUCGCUUUCUUCUAGAAUCAUAUAUUGAAGAUAAUAAAAAGGUUAAGUGGUGUCCAAGUACUCCCCAUUGUGGUAAUGCUUUACGCAUUGAUGACUGUAACUUAUGCGAGGUUGAAUGUGCAUGCGGUUUAAAGUUCUGUUUUAAAUGCUCAUCGGAAGCACAUUCUCCUUGUUCGUGUCAAAUGUGGGAACUGUGGAGUCAGAAGUGUCGGGAUGAAUCAGAGACAGUUAACUGGAUUACAGUUAAUACAAAGCCCUGCCCAAAAUGCCUCAAGCCAGUUGAAAAGAAUGGAGGAUGCAACCAUGUACACUGCAUUUGUGGACAACAUUUUUGUUGGCAUUGUGGCCGCCCUGAUAAAUUCCAUGGUGGUUAUCAUAGUUGUGGACGUUAUACAGAAGAUGAGCAGAAAACUCGGAAUGCAAAGAGGGAUCUACAACGUUACAUGCAUUACUACGAUCGUUAUAAAGCCCAUAAACAUUCUUCUGAGCUUGAAAGUAAGCUGCAGAAAACCAUGAAAAAAAAGAUGUCAGAACUGGAAGCAAGAGAAAUAACAAGUAAAGACUAUAGUUGGGCAACCGAGGGUCUCAACAGACUCUUCAGGUCAAGGCAAAUUCUCUCGUAUUCGUACCCUUUUGCGUAUUACAUGUUUGGUGAUAUAUUCGGGAGUGAAAUGACAAAACAGGAAAAAGUAAUAAAGCAACACUUGUUUGAGGAUCAGCAGCAACAGCUUGAGGCACAUGUUGAAAGGCUUUCUUCAUUUCUAGAGGCACCUUUCAAUGAAUACCCGGAUAACGAGGUUAUAACUUUGAGGAUGGAGAUCAUCAAUUUCUCCACAGUUGUUGAUAAGCUGUGCAGAAAAUUGUAUGAAUGCAUUGAGAAUGAUUUGCUGGGGUGCCUCACUCGGACAAGUCAAAGUAUUGCUCCUUACAUGUCAAAUGGGAUGGACAAAGCUUCAGAAGUAACGGACUGCAAGGGACUCUAACCCUUCUAGAUUCUAAUAUUGAAAUAAAUUAUGGCAAAGAUCGUAUGUGCUAAUUUAUACCAUGUAGAUUGUUACUUAAUUCGUGCUCUUAUCUACCGCUAUUUAAGUCAAAUAAGAGAGCUAUA